AUGGCCGAGCAAAGCGCGCUCCGCCGCUGGAAGCCGUUCUUCGCGGCGUUCGGUCUCGUCGACGCCGCCAUCGAGGACGCCGGCCCGGGGCUCUCCCGCGACCACUUCCGGCUCGUCAGGGGCCAGAUCGUCGAGUUGCUCUGCGACGCUUCGGACGACGGCAAGGCGGAGGAGCUGUGUCUCGUGCUCGACGACGCGAUGGUCCUGUCGCUCGUCACGCUGCAGGCGGUGCCCGCGGAGGUGGUGCCGAGGAUCCUGGCAUCGUCCGCCGACCUCGCCAACGCCGUCGGCGCGCUGAGGAGCCACGAGUCGGAGCGAGUCCGCGGGCUCGCCAGCGACAUCGUCCGCGGCUGGAGGGCGUCCAUCGAGGACGACAUCGUAAGGGCUAGCGCAGCCAUGGAGAAGCUGGAUGCUCUGUCGCAGCUUCUGCCUUCCGGGUGCACGGCGUUCCACGUCUCUGACGGCCGCAGCCACAACGCGCCCUCGGAUCAUGACGCCAAGAAGAACAGGCCGGCCAAGAUCGAGGAGAACCAGCCGCGUCCCAGGAAGAUGGCUCCCGUCGUCGUCGGAUCCGGUCGUGUCAAGGCGGCAGAGGCCUCUGAUCCCUUGCCGAAGAAGACGACUCCGGUUGCUGGCAGCCAAUGCUUGAGGACGGAGAACACGAAAGCUUCAACCAAGAUUUCGUUGCCCAAGAAGACGCCACCUUUCGUUGGCCGCCCCGCCGGCGACGACCGUGCGAUGCGUUCCAAUCCCGAGAAGAAGAUGGAGGCUACAAAGCGCAAGCUGCAUGAAGGCUACCAAGAAGCGGCGGACGCGAAGCGGCACCGCAAGAUCCAUGUCAUCGAGGCGCCGAAGAUGCUGGAACAGAGGAAUCGGAAGAUGCACCCCAUCAUGCGGGAGCGGAGCCAAGCGAGAUGCGCGACCUCCGCGGCCGUGAGGCGUUCUUUGAUGCCAUCGUUUCAGAGGAUUUAGGGCUCUGUAGGGUUUUAGAAUCUUUUGGCCAUUGGUGCAUCGAUCCUAGCUAGCAUCAAAUCUCUGUUUAAUGCGGCACAUGU